AUGUCAUUCUCCAACGACCACGGUACCGGGGAUAUGUUCAACGCUCAUAUGAGUACCCAGAACAACAAUACAGGCAGUGGAAACCAAUUUCCCGGAGCUAGCUUCCGCGGGACUGUGAACAUUAUUCAGAAUACCCAGAAUGAGCGUUCUCUUAAAUCACGUGGGAUUGAUGUCCUGAAGAGACUGAAUGUCUCAAAAUAUCGAGAUCAGAAAGAUCGAAACCCUGUUCGAAUACCAGGGACUUGUGAAUGGUUUGUCACUCAUCCGAUUUUUAAAGCCUGGCAAGAGGUCCAGGCGUCACAGAUGCUCUGGGUCUCUGCAAACCCCGGUUGUGGGAAGUCUGUUUUGGCAAAAUACCUCGCAGAUUCUAUUCUCCCAAAAGAUUCUGGUCGAACAGUCGGAUACUUCUUUUUCAAAGACGAUUUUGAGGACCAGAGGAGUGUCACACAUGCGUUGUGUUGUAUUCUUUACCAGCUCUUUAACCACCGUCGUGAUCUGCUUGCUGAAUAUAUUAUUGAACAAUUUGAGAUGAACGAAAGGAUUGUUGAUUCAUUCAGCGAUCUUUGGGACGUCCUGAUCAAGGCUGCGAAACAAAAGGAUGCUGGAGAAAUUAUUUGUCUCCUAGACGCCUUCGAUGAAUGUGAACAGAAUGGAUGGUCCCAGCUCACUAAAGCACUGUGCAGCCUUUACAAGGACGAAACUAGGAAUAAUUUCAACCUGAAAUUUCUUAUUACUAGUCGCUCUUAUGGCCACAUCCGGCAAGGAUUUCAGCCUAUACAGAUAUCAGGACAGCCUUUAAUUCAUCUCAGUGGGGAAAAUGAUAAUGAGAUGCGGAAGAUUUCUCGCGAGAUUAAUCUGUUCAUCAAAGCAAGAGUUAAUACUAUUGGAGCUCAACUAAUGCUCACGGAAGAAGAACAAUCUAUGCUACUCAAGAGUGUCACACGUGUUCCCAACACCACAUAUCUCUGGGUCUACCUUACUCUGAAUCUCAUUGAGAGUAAUGUGGAUAUUGACAAGAUCGGAAUAGUUACCGCUACAGCUGACCUUCCAGCGACUGUGGAUGAGGCCUACGAACGAAUUUUAUGUCGAAGCAAAGACCCAAAAAAAGCCAGAAAAAUACUUCAUAUUGUGCUGGGGGCGACACGACCCUUAACACUUCAAGAAAUGAACCUCGCAUUAACCUUGGACGAAACACAUCGGUCAUAUAGUGACCUUGACCUCAGACCACAAGACCGUUUUCGUGAAUAUAUUCGGGACAUCUGCGGACUGUUUAUUACCGUUGUAGAACGGAAAAUAUACCUCCUUCAUCAAACAGCUAGAGAAUUUCUGAUACUGGAGAAUGAACCAUUGAUCAACAAAAUUUACAUGCUUCAUCAUACUGCAAAGCGAAUCUUUUUCCGAGACAUGCAAACCGGAAACAACAAUGACCUUCAAAACCUCUCGUGGAAGCAUUCAUUAACACUGCAAGAGUCCAAUCACAUUAUUGCAACGAUCUGUAUUCAGUACCUGCUGCUCUCAGAUUUUGGGAAGGCCUGGCCGCUAGAAACAGAUAUAGACGAGCUUUCCGAUAGCUAUAUCUUUCUUGAUUACUCUGCUAAAUGUUGGGUUAAUCAUACUCUCGCAGCCUAUCCCAGAUCUGGGUAUAGGAAACAAUCCCUUAUCAUACUCUGUGAUCUUAUUGAAGGUGGCUGUCCAGUUUGGUUCCAAGUUUAUUGGACGUCAAUGGGCACAGACUUCCCGACGGGCUUCACCAGUCUUAUGAUCGCAUCAUAUUUCGGGCUUACACCUGUGUUGGGACAUUGGAUUGAGAUGGAAAAGGCUAAUCCAAACGCAAAGGAUAAUGUAUAUGGACGUUCAGCACUAUCCUGGGCGGCGGGAAAUGGCCAUACUGCUGUCGUGAAGCUCUUAAUAAAAGGGUCUUUAUACAGACCCUGGAGGAAGAUGGCUGAAGUUGAUGCGCGAGACUCCUAUAACAGGACGCCUCUUUGUUGGGCUAUCUUGAAUGCACAUGCAGAUGUAGUCAGCCAGUUGCUCAAAGCAGGAGCUACAAUUGACUUGGAAGAUGAUAUCGGAGGGACGCCAUUUGAAUAUGCCAUCUGCAGUGGGAAUAGUGGAGUACGGAAUAUCGUGAUGAAGAAAGGUUCGCAGAAUCAUCAUCUAUCCAUCGAUAGAAUCCAAACCAAACUGCUCAUUUCAGCCUCCAAAAAAGGUGAUGAAGCAAUAGUAAAACUUCUGCUUGAGAAUAAGGCAGAUAUAGAGUCAAAAGAUGAUGAAUAUGGCCAAACACCACUUUCCUGGGCAGCAGAGAACGGCCGUGAAGAGGUAGUGAGACUUCUGCUUGAGAAUAAGGCAGAUAUAGAGUCGAAAGAUAAAUCUGGCCGAACACCCCUUUCCUGGGCAGCGGAGAACAGUCGUGAAGAGGUGUCGAACACCACUUUUGUGGGCAGCGGGGCACGGCUGUAA